AUGUCAUCAUGGUGUAUAUCUCUUCAGUACCGUCCAACAGAUAAUUUGAUUAAAUGGGCAGAUAACGAUAGAGGAUACUAGGUAGAUGAUCAGUACAAAUAAAAUGUUUCUAGGUACUUUAAGCUACUUACAAAUGCCUCUCUCCAGCUGCUAAAUGCUGCCCUGCCCCUUACACGAUAGCCCCGCCCCUUGGCUGAGCAAUACCUGACCAGUUUGCCUGCUGCCUGCUCACACAGUGAAGGGCUGAAUUUGGCAAAGACAGAGAGUGACAUUUCAGGCUGCGCUACGUGGGGAGAGAGUCAAGUUCCAGUCCUGGGCUCCAAACACACCUGCUCCUGCCUCCACAACCAGCACUUUAGCUCUGCGGAUAAAGUGAGCUACCCUGCUGACACUGGAAUACUGCACAUCUGGCACAACUUCAGCUUCCUGCCACUACAUUUAUUGCUACUGUCUGUGCCUCCUGACACUUGGUGCCAGUUCCAUCUCUUGCAAUGAGGUCUUAUAUUACAAUGUCACUAAGUUAUAUCAGCCUCUUGUGUGUUCAGCAUCUGCCUGGCUCUGCGCCUCUGCCCUCGGCUCACCUGCUUCUGCUUCCUGCACCCAGGGAGCCCCCUGACAGGGAAAAACAGCAAAAGGAAGGGCCCCUACUAGAGUUGUCACUCUUCACUCCAUCUUUAGCUGAGACAAAGCUUGAUCUUAGGACCCUGAGAAGAAAGAAGAGGCGUAUUCGGCGUUCUCAUGGACCUCGUCUUAUGCGUGUGGGCUGUUCCCUGGGGACUUGCCAGGUACAGAUCCUUAAUCAUCGACUUUGGCAGUUGAUGGGACAAUCAGGAAAAGAGGAUUCGCCAAUUCAACUCAGCAACCCACACAGUUACGGCUAAGGCACCAGAGACCACAUAUCUGAUACAAGAACAGUGUCCAGUUCUUUUUCACCAGACAGUGUGAAAUACUCAUAAGUUAUAGUAAAUAGACAGCAUAAAAAUCUCAGUGUAUGUCUCAUUCCUCUCCAUAUUUCCUUCAUAUAACUUCUGCCUUUAAAAUUGGCUAUUUUGACUUUUAUCAUCGCUGUGUCCUGACUGUUGUUUACCCGAUUCUUAACAUUUUGCAUUAGACAAAGUUUUGCCUACAUAAAAACAUUUUGCUUCUGCAAAGCAUCCUGUUUUACAUCUAUCACUGCAUUUACCCACUGUACACUCAAUACUGUCCCAAUAUCAGGUAGAUGUGCACCAUAAUUAGCUAAUACGUUUUGCGUUUACAUAUUGAACUCGUAUUUAACUGCAAUUAUACUGGCCACUGGUUAGGAUUACUUGUAGAUUACUUCCAUGAUGAUUUUUUCACAUGGGGGUUAUAAUAGGAAUAAUAUAGUUCCUCCAGCAUUCACAAUAGGCAUAAAGUAGACACUAAUGAGAAUUUACGGGGAAGUAUAGUUGAUGGACCCAGACAUACUGAGAGGUUCUAAGGCAACCACAAAAAUUACAAAAUUCAAUUAAUUGUUUCAUUGGCUAACAAUACUGUGCCAUUCAUAGGAGAUGCUUCAUUCAAAUGUUAUUCUAUGUGAAAUACCUGAAUUACACAUGCAGAAUUGAUCAGAUAAGAAGUGAGGAAGUAUAUAAAAAAAAGGAACAAGAACAGAUAGAGAUUUAAAUAGUAUAAGACCUAUCCUAAUUGUAUAGCAAUCAUAAAAUACAGAGGCAAUGCAGAGACAAUUUAUGAACUAUAAUGUUUUUCCUAUAUAACUUAGCAACACAUGUAUGGGUGCUUGUGACAUGUUUCUUCAGCAUAUAGACAGAAUGAAAUGGUUGGUAAAACUAGAAACAGAAAAUGGCACAAAGGCAUUUACAAAUAAUGUUUAUAAUUUCUACAUUUUAAAAAAUGAAGCAAAAAGAAGUACAAUAAUCAGUUAUUGAAUUUGCAUAUACUACUUAGACAAUAGAUGUCUGAAAACAGAAUGCCUAACUUCUUAUUUAUUAUUAUUAUUAUUAUUUAUUUCCUGGUAUUUAUAUAGCGCCAAAAUAUUUAUGCAUCAUUUUACAAAGAUUAUAAAUCAUUCACAUAACAAACAAACAUCUUGUAAGCAGGAAGUCUACUUGAAAGAAAAUAUUUUUUUACAUGUAAAUUAUACAAAUAAACAAUUUGUAAAGUCAAAAAGCUAAUUUUAUUUGUACUGCUGUUUAAUUAACAUCAAGAAAGCAUCACAGCAAGAUGUACGGUGACAUAAAGGGGUCAUUUACUAAAACUCAAAUUUAUAUCAUAUU